GCGAUUCAGUCGUAAUUUGCCAAAUUUGAAGUUCAGUUGUAUUUUUUCAUUGUUUAAAACAAAAAAAAAAUAAUAAUUUUAAAAUGUUUUUAGUUAAAUAUAAUAUUUUUAUACUAUUGCUCUUAGUAUUAAUAGUAAUGGGAGAGGAUUGUCCAAAAAUUAAGACUCGCAAAAAAUGGGGUGGUUUACCUACUCUUAGUGUUGAAUAUCAGAUAAUUCCAGUUAAAUUUGUUAUUAUUCAUCAUACUGUUACUUCAACAUGUACAAGUUAUUCACAAUGCGCUGAAAUUGUACAAAAUAUUCAAGAUUAUCAUAUGAAAAAAUUGGGUUGGAGUGAUAUUGGUUAUAAUUUCUUGAUUGGAAAUGAUGGAAAUAUAUAUGAAGGUGUAGGUUGGCAUAAAAUUGGAGCACAUACAUACGGAUAUAAUAGUAAAUCAAUUGGAAUUGCAUUUAUUGGUAAUUUUGAUAAUGCUCUACCAACAACAGCUGCUUUAGAUGCUGCAAAAAAACUAUUAGAAUGUGGUGUUGAAAAAGGUGAACUAAGUAGAAGAUAUAAAUUAUUUGGUGGAAGACAAGUAAGUUCUACUGUUAGUCCCGGUUUAGAAUUAUAUAAUGAAAUACAAGAUUGGGAUCAUUGGAGUGAACCAGAAAAAAAUUAAAAUUUAUUAAAAAAUUUUAUAUUUUAUAUUAUAUUUGUA